UGCGCAACACCACUCUUUCUCUCUCUCUCUCUCUCUCUCUCUCUCUCUCUCUCUCUCCUCCUCUCUUUGGCGCGCGCGCUUGAACAUAAGACAUCAAACACACGUGUUACAUAUAUAUACAUUGUUCUUCAUGUAUAAUUAAUGCAUACACACAAUUCAACGGAGUUGAGGCAAAUACAUGCGUCCUACCUGGUCCUACUGUGAAAUAAGCUCUUGUAAAUAACUAAACAAAUUAGCAAUCAUGGUUUCAUUAGAAAGUGAUAGGUCUGUGUUGGGACAAACAGGUGAUAAACUGUUACAGUUGAUAUCUCAUGAUAGUAUUAGUAUGGAUAUUACGGGUACGACUACGAGCAAGACUUCAUUUGAGAUGUCGUCAAAGUCGACAAUCUGGGUUUCGCCUUCGGCAGCAAAGCCCAACAGCACAUUCCCCUCUCCUCUAACGGCCUUGGGGAGCUUGCCUACACCCUGGAGUAGCGGUCUCAGUUAUCCAUGUAAUAAGACGGUGGCGGCGUCGGACCAAAACAUCGUUGAAAGCGAUUCCCGAGUCGAUGAUGUCACGUUUAGGCCUAACCAUCCACAUCAGUUCGCCUCUGCAGGAUCGGGCUAUUUGUUAUCAUGCGAUACUCGAUCCACGGGCCAAGUCGUCUCGACCAGUGACUGUUCUGAGAAUAUUAUAGCGACAUCGAAUACCACGUACGAUGAGCUCGAUGUAGGUCGAAAUUCAUGGCGCUAUCCGUUAGCAGCAAGUCGUCAACUUGAUGAGGAUAGUAGCAGACCCAAAGAUCUAAAUUACCAUGCUCAACCAGGCUGUGCUCAACCGGGCUCAAGCCUGACCAGCUUUGAUGGCAUUGAUGAAGUCUCAUCGUCUACAAUUUCAUUGCCCAGCUCGACGUCAACUUCGACUUCGGUUGCUAUUGACGCUUUGCCCAUCUUCAUGUCACCUGUCGAAUCGGUGAAACCAUGUCCACAGUACUGUCGAUGUCAUGGCUACAGUCAUGGAUGCUACAGUCCAGUCUCAUUACAAAAUAACCAUGACAACACAAUGCUGUACCCCACGCCUGAUCUUCUUCAAAAUACCGAACCGGAUCAAUUCUCUUCUAGUUCUACCAGUACUUCAUGGACCAUGUGCAUGAAUUCGCCGUUGGUAUGUCCAGGCCCUUUUCAGCCACCUUUAAAGUCAUUCAAAUCUGCCAUGCCAGGAUCCGUCGACGAGGGCGCGAAUUCGGUUAGGUUGGUCUCAUCGGCGCCCAUCGCCAGUAAAAUGAAGUCGGCUCCUACUCCUAGUCCUAGUGGAGAGGAUCGGGCAUACCCAGUCGAGAUGGUAGCGUCAGCUUGGCUGACCACGCUUGUCAACGAAGCUGUCGGCAAGGGUAUUGAUCAUGAAGUAACCGCGCCCUCAACUGCGUCCAUGGUCAUGAAUUCGGCAUCAAAGAUGGACAGUACUCUAAAAGCAUCUUCGCAGACAUCAUUUCCCCCACCUACAUCCCAGAACUGUGACAAAUAUGAUGAGUCUUUCUCGAGAGGUGUGACGAACUCUGCAUCUAGUAUUGCUGUUGCCACCAAUAACUUUUCUACUCCAGAUGACCAUCAAUCCUCCUUGUAUCCGCGCAUCUAUCCCGUCUACCCCCCACUGGCCUAUCCCGCCUACCCUCCACCCGAGUAUCCCUCCUACCCUCCUCCUGAGUAUACAGGCCACUUUCCUUUUGGAUACCAACCUCAUCCUACUACAGGCUACCACGCCCACUCUCCAUGUGGCUACUACCCAGCGCCUGGCAGUAUCCUAUGUUCUCGACCGACAUCGCACUCCUUGCCGUAUGGUUACCAUGGUGACGCGACGGAGGAUAUUCCACAUAUUUAUCGUCGUUGCUAUCCUAGUCGCGAAGACGAUCGACCUCGCAGUGCUGACGGUGACAAGCAGAAGGUUCCACUCCGCAAACGAGGUCCAAAUACUAGUAGCACACGAAGGCUCCUGGUGGACCAGUUCCCGGAUCUCUUACCCGUCAUCUUCUGGUGCCUUAAUCAUGAGCAGACAAGCAUGCCGGCAUCACGCUCAUCAACCCCACCCAUGAUGACUGUACCAUUCAUUCGAAAGAUCAUCGUCGAGUGCAUUCCCGGGAUCAAAGAGCGCGGUGGUAUCGGCAUCACUACACUUAGAAAAUUCGUAAGUCGGGUGAAGAAGACAAUGCGCAACAAAGUCGACUUCGAUCAGGCAAAGGCAGUCACGACACCAACGGCAAUGGUAGCUUCGUCCUUAACGCAGCAUUUAGACAUUAGUGCGGAAGGGGCGAUGGAUUCGGUGUCACAUUCUGUCUCGAAAGGAAAUACCGCCGAGCUUCCGGAUAGACAUGCGGAUUCGAUCCAGAGUUCCAUCAUGGAAGAUUCUGAUUUUGAGUUUCUGAAGGCACCCACGGAACCAAUCUUACUGUCAAUGAUGAAAUUUGUGAAUAACACAUCCAAGGAGAGAUCUGUGGCUUCUUCGAGGAAGAAUCGCGCCGAAAAGUCGCAAGACUCUCGACAUCGUCCACUCGACAAUGACGCGCAACAAAAGUUCGACGCAGUGACUUCCUUUGUCUACGACAUUUCUACCGGCGGCUCGAUGUUCCAAUCGCUCUUGGACGCACACGACAUCGCAGAAGACGAAGUGAGAUUGAGCAAAACAUUCUGCGAAUCUUCGUCGGCUGAUGGUUCUGAUGUAAACGAGCCACCCGUCAAAUCGUCGGACUUCCAACCAAAAAUCGCGGCGGCAAAGGAUAAAGGGAAUGACGUCGCAAAUGACCCCUCAAGUGAGCCCGCUGUGUGUAACGAUUACGACUCCGAUGAAGAUAUCAUGGUCAUCGACGAGAGUUUUCAGAACAUUUAAAGUCAGAUUUCGUAUGUUAAGGACUUUUGUGUAGUGCUUAAAUAUCCGCAUCCAACGUCGAACUGGUGAGCGGACUGUAAUCGCCUUUUGCUAAAACUCGGAGCGAUAUCACUACGAUUUUUUUUAACUUAAUACACUAUUUCAUUCAUGACACAGAUAUAUCUCUAAACCAAUCGUAUUUUACCUUUUUUUCGUACCUAGGUGAAAAAAUUUGCUUAAUUAACAGGUUUGCGUACACGAAAGCGAAUUUAACUAGGGAGAUAAAAGUUAAAGGAAUGUACAGGGUCUACAGUAAAUACUGGAUUACACUAUGAAAACCCAUCCUAUGCAUUUUCUCGUUGAUUAAUUUCUUCAAAUUCAGACAAAUAGAUAAAAGUACCAUUGCUUUAUGUUUUGUUAAAUGGGGUAGUAGUGAGUUAUUUCCAUGGUCGGUGUGGAACUGAUUUUGUUCUUGCAGAUAAUUGUUUGUUUUACACGACAAAGCAGAUAACUGAGAUCGUGCUCUAUUUCAUCUAUUUUAUUCUAUAUGAAACGGUUUCUGACUCUUAUAGUCAUGAACAAUAUUGGUUUAGAAGUUGGAGUUGAUGAUUUAGUAUUUAUUAAGGUUACGACUUUUAGUUGUUUUCUUACAGAGCUGUUAGAUAAUUUCAUAGUUGGCUGCAUGUCAUUAGUUAUUUUAUGAUUCCUUGUUGAAGAUUACCUUAAUUGCCACAAUUGUUAUUUUUUCAUGAACGUUAAUUUAAGAUAUAAAUGAGGAAGAUCGUCUAUUGUCUCCUUUCUUACAUUAUGCAGGAUAUGUUUGCUUGACGAUGUAUUGGAAUUUACAUGUGCGGAGAUGGAUUAUAUUUGUUUGUUCUUCGCCAUUCUCCAGAAGUGAUAUGAAGAUGACAUGUGACCAUGUACCUGUAUCUAAUUCUGUAGACUUCGUACGUGAAUAUAUAAUGUUCUUAUCAUACCUAGCAGUAUAAUGAACGUACUGUUAUGUUAUAUAUAUUUUUUUUUUUUGCAGAACGUGUAAACUGUAAAAAAAGCCUACUAAUGAUCCAUAAAAUUGUUCUUUUCCAUUUUACACAUUUUUUCAUGAAACAAUGUGAAAACGGAGCUAGCGUACUUCGUCAUUGAUAGGAAUUUCGUUUUGUUAUAUUUUUCAAAAGCAAACCUUUUUUUAAAUAGAAUAAUAUGAAAAGCUGUUCUUGUAGUAAUAGGGGUAAACCUAUUAUUUCUGUUACCGCACGAGUAAAAUGUCAUAUUCCGGAGAUGGUAACGUUUUUAUAAAACGGGUAAAAUUAAUGUAGAUGUUGUUAUUAACAUUGUUCUUUGAACUUGUUUAUGUUGAUUACGCAUGCAUUUAACAGUUUUGUAUUUCUUUCUUUCAUAAUAAAACGAGUUUUUGAAGAGAA